CGGGAUCGGGAUCGGGAAUCCGGGGAUCGGGGAUCGGGGAUCCGGACCCCGGCGGCGGCAGCUCGGGCGGCGCCUCCCUGCGGCGGGCGGCCAGGCUCCGGUCCGCGCCGGGACGAUGCUCCCCGGGGCCGCGGGAUGAGUCAGUGACUCGGCGGGCCCGGGCAUGGCGGACCCAGUGGCGAGCAUCGCCGGCUCUGCAGCCAAGAGCGUGCGGCCGUUCCGUUCGAGCGAGGCUUAUGUGGAGGCCAUGAAGGAGGACCUGGCCGAGUGGCUCAACGCCUUGUACGGCCUGGGCCUGCCCGGCGGCGGCGAGGGCUUCCUGCUGGGCCUGGCCACGGGCACGACCCUCUGCCAGCAUGCCAACGCCGUCACCGAGGCCGCCCGCGCCCUGGCGGCCGCCCGGCCUGCGCACGGAGUGGCCUUCCAGGCGCACGGCGUGGCGCCGGGCUCCUUCGUGGCCCGCGACAACGUGGCCACCUUCAUCGGCUGGUGCCGCUCCGAGCUGGGCGUGCCCGAGGUGCUCAUGUUCGAGACGGAGGACCUGGUGCUGCGCAAGAACGAGAAGAGCGUGGUGCUGUGCCUGCUGGAGGUGGCGCGCCGCGGGGCCCGCCUCGGCCUGCUCGCCCCGCGCCUCGUGCAGUUCGAGCAGGAGAUCGAGCGGGAGCUCCGCGCCGCACCCUCGGCCCCCAGCACCCCCGCGGCGGCCACUGCGGCAGGAGGGACCUCGGCGGGCGAAGGGGCCACCGGGGCCGCCUCCGCCCCCGGGGCUGCCAGCCGCGGGCCCCGCAUGACGCUCAGCGACCUGCGCAACCUGGACGAGCUGGUGAGGGAGAUCCUGGGCCACUGCACCUGCCCAGACCAGUUCCCCAUGAUCAAGGUCUCGGAGGGCAAGUACCGCGUGGGCGACUCCAGCCUGCUCAUCUUUGUGCGGGUGCUGCGGAGCCAUGUGAUGGUGCGCGUCGGGGGCGGCUGGGACACGCUGGAGCACUACCUGGACAAGCACGACCCGUGCCGCUGCUCCUCGGCCGCCCACCGCCCAGCCCAGCAGAGGGCCCGCGCCUUGUCCCCGCAGAGGGGGUCCCCCAGCCCCAGUCCCCGCCCCGGGAGCCCCGUCCCGGGGGCUGAACGCCGAGGCUCGCGGCCCGACACGACGCCUCUCAGCUUCCGAAGCACAAAAGAGGGGCCCGAGCCCCCGCUCAGGCCCCGAGAUCAGCUGCCCCCGCACCCCCGCGCCCGCCGCUACUCCGGGGACAGCGACUCUUCCGCCUCCUCGGCCCAGAGCGGCCCCCCUGGUGCCCGCAGCGACGACCCAAGCACUGGCCCCCGGAGGGAGCGGCCCAGCCGGCGGCUGACCACAGGCACCCCGGCCUCCCCCAGGCGGACCCCUGCCCCGCGCAGCCAGUCCCGUGACCGGCUGGACCGGGGGCGGCCCCGGGGAACCACUACGGGCGGCAGGGGUGCCCAGCUGGCAGCGGCCCCCAGCCCUGGCCGGCGGGCCCGGAGCCAGAGCCGAGAGGAGCAGGCCGUGCUGCUGGUGCGCAGGGACCGGGACGGCCAGCACGCGUGGGUCCCCGGGGGCCGGGUGGGCGCGGGCUCGGGCAGGAGCACCCCGCACACUCCCCGUGCGCGCAGCCCCGCCGCUGUGCGCACCCCGCGAGCCUCCAGCCCCAGCCCCGAGCUGGGCGCCACACCGGCCAGUGUCUUCCGCACGCCCCUGCAGCUCGACCCCCAGCAGGAGCAGCAGCUCUUCCGGCGCCUGGAGGAGGAGUUCCUGGCCAACGCCCGCGCCCUCGAGGCCCAGGCCACCAGCACGGGCAGCAGCCCCUCCGGGGCGGCCCCCGACCCGGCCCGCGCCCCGGACCCUCCGGCCCCGGACUCUGCCUACUGCUCCUCCAGUUCCUCCUCUUCGUCCCUCAGCGUCCUGGGCAGCAAGUGUGGCCAAGCAGGGGACCCGGGCCAGACGGCCAACGGGCUGCCCGGGGCCCGCAGCCAAGCCCUGUCCAGCUCCUCCGACGAAGGCAGCCCCUGUCCUGCCGCGGGGGCGCCUCCCGACGCCCCGGAACCUGCCAGGACCUGGGCCCGGGGCCGGAUGGACACACAGCCAGACCGCAAACCUUCGCGCAUCCCCACGCCGCGGGGCCCCCGCCGCCCGUCCGCAGCCACGGAGGUGGGGGGCUGGCCCGGCCCGCCCGCGGUGGCCCCCAGGGCUGCGCCGGACUCCUCGAUGUGAUGGACCCCGCCAGACCCCAGCCCCUUCUUCCUCUUCCUGUGUGGCCUUAACCCCCUCUGCAUCAGGGAGCCCCCUCACCCCCAUCCGCCUCUUGAAGCACCAGACCUCAUGGGACCAGACCCCUCGGGACCACGUGGCUCAAAGGGACCUGUGUUGCACAUCCCGAUCGAGGGAUGAGAGUUGCUAUUUAAUAAUGACUAAUAUUAUUGAAUGCCUUAGAGGGCCGGGCCGCCCCCGGCGUGCCGAGGACCUGUGGCCGGCAGAGCCUCUGACAGUAAAGUUUUGCUCCAGCCA